GAGGAAAUCAGUCGAUCUCAACACGUCACCACGUUGACACUAUCUCUGACACUGGUCGCUGUCAAAAAGGUUCUGAGGAGUGCGGUCGAAACAUCGGAACCAAUUCUGACGUGUGCAUCAGGUACCUGUCAUACCGGGCGUAGUUCAAGUUGGUACCACGCGGCGGUUCCUUUUUGGACUGUUCCUGCGGCUGAGUGCAAGGAUUCAUCAAGUGAUUUGAGUGUGUGGAGUGCGAAUCUGGUCAAUCUGGCGGCGUACCUUGAAGGAGGUCCCGCGAUUGCUCCUGUGGGGACCCUCACGUUAAGGGCCGGGUUAACCCAUGUGCCCAUCGGUCCUAAUUCUAGUUAUUUACAUUCAACGCACAAUAUAGGUAGGUGCGAGCCAGCCGCCGGUAUGCUGAUAGCGUGCGCUGGCUGCGACAAGCCCAUCCUGGACAAAUUCCUGCUGAACGUAUUGGAUAGGACGUGGCACGCCGACUGCGUCCGAUGCUUCGAUUGCCAGGCGCCAUUGACCGACAAGUGCUUUUCCAGGGAGAGCAAGCUCUUCUGCCGCAGCGACUUCUUCAGGAGAUACGGCACUAAGUGUGGCGGUUGCGGCCAAGGUAUAUCGCCUAGUGACUUAGUGCGCAAAGCUAGAGACAAAGUGUUCCAUCUCAAUUGUUUCACCUGUCUGGUGUGCAGGAAGCAACUGUCCACCGGCGAGGAGCUGUACGUGUUAGACGACAACAAGUUCAUCUGCAAAGAGGACUAUCUCAGCGGAAACAAAGCCAGCGUGUGGUUCCAGAACAAGCGCUCGAAAGAACGCCGCCUCAAGCAACUCACCUCGAUGGGCAGGGGCCCCUUCUUCGGGGGGUCCCGCAAGAUGCGCGGGUUCCCCAUGAACCUGUCUCCGGGCGGCCUCGAAGACGGUCCUCCCGGAUUCCCCUAUUUCGCGGACGGCAAGUUCGAGUUCGGGUACGGAGGCCCCAUGGACCACGGCGGUCCCAUCCCCAUGGGCGGCGGCGAAUUCAUGCCCGGCGAGCCGGGCCAGUUCAUGGCGCAGGGCGGGCCAGGCGGGCCUGGUGGCGGUGGGCCCGACAUGAUGCCCGGAGGCGGCGGGGGCCGAGGGGGCGGCAGCCCGGAGUUCAUGUCACCCGGAGGAUUCGCCGACAACCCGCAGCAGCUGAACGAGGGGCUGGUGUGGUAGCUGGCAAAGGCUCUGGCCAAGAGGGCCAGAGAAUAGGGGGCGUGGUAGGGGUAAUAGGGGCCGGGAGGAAGUGUAUAUAGGUGAUAAGGAUGUUCCCGGAUUAUUUAUUGAUGUUGAAGAACGGUUGGGGGCUGACGAACUUCCCAAGAAAGUUUCAUUAUUUCCAAAGAUAUAUUUCUGAACUCUCAGAGUUGCUUUUAUAUUUGAAUUGUUGUAGAUAAAGUAUAGUAUUCUACUCGCACAUAAUCUUCGUAAUAUUCAAAUCUGGUGCCUGAUUUUCUUUAAAACCAUAGACAAUAGGGGGAUUACAAUAACUUUCAUAAUCAUUUUUUUUAAAUCUCUGUUACGAUUCAUUCAAAAUCUACUAGUUCGUCAGCUCUUAAUCAAGUAAUGAUUGAUAAGAAGUCAACAACUCACACAAGCAAAGUUCCUUAGGCCAAAAUUCGAAUGCUUGUGCGUUUCAUUCAACUUCACCCCAUAAAAAUGUUUUGUGACGUUUUUUGUUAUAUUAUAUUGUUUUUAUGAAGACCCAGUGCAAUUUUACAUUAGUAGGUGAACUUUUUUUGUUAUCCUUCCUAAGUAUAAAUUUUACUUGUACAUAGAUAAACCAUUGAUAUUUUUUCUGAUUGAAUCUUGACAUAUAUGUAAAAAGUACUUACUCUAAAAACACAAGAUUUUAUCGGAAAAAAGUGUAUUAUUUGAAAUGUUUUGUACAUUUUCCUGAUUCCUAAUUUUGACUAAGUGCCAAGCUAUACGCAGAUUGUCUCAUUCAUCGUAUUCAAAUCGAAAAACCAUAAAAAAAACUCGUAACAUGAUGAAAAAUCAUCUUCACGCAUAGUUCAGCCAAUAAUGAGACAAUCUGUCACUUCUUACAACAUAUUUGAACACUAUUAUACUAUUUAUUAAGUGUAUGUAUAAAAAAUAAAGUAGUAUAUUAUGCUUGUAAAUAAUUCGAAAGUUAUUAUAUACUUAUACAUAUGUUACGUUGGUAUUACUGAGAGUAUCACACGAAAAAAGAUUCACCAUAUUGUUUGAUGUGAAUAUUUUUUAGUGUCGAUACAAGAACCGUACAAAAUAUUUGUACAAAAUCAUCAAUGCUGUAAAAAAGGCCAUCCGAGUAAAUAUAUAUAUAUAUAUAUUAGUGUAAAUUGUUAAUAUUAGGUGUCCUAAU